AUUACUCUUUGCCUUACAGGAUGUAUCCUUCAGUCUACAGUGGCCUCUGAUCAUCAGCUCAAAGCAGUUUUCAGUAUGAGCGGAAUAAAAGGGUACGUCAUCUUUUCGCGAUCACAACAUGACGGCCCCACAAGUGUCAUCGUUAACUUAACAGGCAUUAACGAGACUCUGGCAUGGCGCAUUCAUCAACUGCCUAUGAUCUACGACGGUAACGCGGCCAUGAGUUGCAGUGCAGUGGGAGCAGUUUUUGAUCCUGGAAUGGCUAUGGAAGCCGGGGACUACAAAAAUUCGUGCAGUUUACAAAAUACAACAAGGUUCGGAGCAUGCGCAUUUGGAGACCUGACGGGAUUACUUGGAAAUCUUGAUGCCGAUUCAUCACAGCAAAAUUUCACAAACCAAAGUUUGAAGAUUCCAAUAAAAGGCCCUCACAGCAUCAUGGGCAGGACACUUGUGUUGUACAGUGGGGAAACACCCAAAGCAUGUGCCCUCAUCACUCCAACAAGGCCUAUGUUGACAGCUGUAGCUGCUUUCAAGGCUCCUGUAGCAGGUGUUGUGUUCUUGAGACAAGUAGACGCAAACUCGGACACCAGUGUCUAUGUCAAUCUUUUCUACGUCAACGAAGCCACAUCCGAAGAGAUGUUUACUUGGCAAAUUCAAGAUUCAGCUUCGUGUGAAACAGCAAGCACACUAUUCAAUCCUGAUGGUAAAGAUAACAGCAGCUGCAACCAGACAAUGCAGAACAAUUGCUCUAUUGGCGAUUUAAAGUCCAAACAUGGCAACAUCAUGCUAUCCAUGGCAACGAAAAACCGAUCUAAAACCAAGGCUGCCUUCACAGACUCCAACCUACCCCUUAGUGGCGCCAAAAGUGUUGUUGGUAAAGUAAUUGUUUUGUUCUCAGGCAAUGACACACAGAAACCUUUUGCUUGCGCCAAAAUCAUGAAAGUGAAGCCAAAGGUUGUCAAAGCUUCGUUCGAUCCAAAAAUCCACGAUGGUGUAGGUGGAUACCUCAAGAUUACUCAGCCGUCUCCUUUCGAUCCUUCUACAACAGAAGUCAACCUUACUGGUCUUAGGAAAGAGUCACAGGGAUACCACGUCCACAACUAUCCCAGUCCAUGGCAAAUGCAGUACACCGGUAUGGAAUCCUGUGCUGGAGGUUACCUGGGUGGGCACUGGAAUCCAUUUGGUAUUGAUACUAGUUCCAGUCCUCCUCCUGGAAGUGGUAGGGUUUAUUUCAACUCUUUUUCAUUCUUAAGCAAACUUAUUGCGGUAAUUCCCCGACACCAUAAUGUGUUCACGAAAAAUAGUUUCUCUACCUAUUUUUAAUUAUAACUUUCGAUAUUUAAUAUCUUAUCAUUUACUCGAUAGUGUGGUAACUGGGUGGGAAAUUUGAACCUACUGCCAAAACAGUGCUUCUUUAAGUUCUGCAAAACCCCUUCUUCAGUUUUGUGUAUUUUUGUAAUAAGUAAAAUCCUUACCACCCACGAGACCCACUCAUCACCACUUUUCCCCACAAAUUAAACUCCUAGGCACCGAUGAUGAAUACGAGAUCGGAGACCUGAGUGGAAAAUAUGGAUCACUACUUAACCUUACGAGUUACAGCGGAGAGCACAUUGACUACAAUCUGCCUUUAUUUGGAAAAAACAGCAUCCAUGGCCGAUCUAUUGUAAUCCACAAAAUGAAGACGAUGGGAGGCUUGAGAUGGGUGUGUGCAGAUGUGCACCAGGUGAUGGAAGGGGGAGACAUGUUUGAGAUGAAAUCUAAGAUAACUUUCACAGGACCUUCCCUUAAGGGGUACAUUCUGUUGGUAAGUCACUUCUACAAAUAAAUAGUAAAUAUGUAAGAAUAAUUUUUGCGGUUCUAGACUGUCUAACUUUCAAUAAGAGAAUAUGAUGGCAACAAUAUCCUGGCGUACUCUGCAAUAAAACUGCAUGCUAUCCUAGAGCCGGACGACUGUACGGUAUUCAGGUCACAUGGAUAGAACGUGGAUAGGAAAUUUCACUGAUGGUUGUUUCACUAAAUGCUGUUUCAGCAUAUAUUUCUGUCAGCCUUUCCUUUUUGCAAGUCACGGCUUUUUUUUCCAAUAAUCAACAAGCACAACUUCAAUUGUUUCCAUUCAGAUCCAGUACAAGGAGAACGAGAAUUCUAUGAUGCCCGAGGAAACCUCAAUUUACGUUGAUCUUAAAUACGUUUCAAACUCCAGCCAAAAGGUAUGUCCUUUUAAUGCAGAUAUCAUUUUAUUCAUUCCCUGAUGAGCAACCACAAUGCAACCACCUUUUUCCCCUGAUUGACUCGACUGAAUUUCAAUUUGUUAGCUGUAUUAUUGAUAUGUUAUCAAACCUCGAAUCCGUCACUAACGAUAACAUGGUUGACGUUUAUUUUUUACCAAUCAGAGCUUGAAUCACAAGUGGCACGUCCAUGUAAAACCAGAAGGGGGUGACACUUACGCAGCCAUGGGUAAAAGGUGUAAAAGUUUGGGAGGACAUUACAACCCUUAUGAAGUAGAUUUGGAAGUAAGUAUAUAAGUCAAAGACAGCAUUUCUACGCAGCAGAAUUCUAGAACACGAGUUCAUGCUAGGUUUCUAAAUCUCUCAAAAUAACACUCAAGUAAUAUAGCUGUGUCUUUUUUCCUUUUCCUUAUCCAUUUUCCAGGGAACUUACAAGUCCACAUGCUUCUCUAGUAAUAUGCUGCGGUGUGAAGUUGGCGACCUUUCCGGCAAACAUGCGAUGCUGAACGUCGGAACAGGACAGAGUUUUUAUACCGAUCCUGACCUUCCCUUGUUUGGAGAAAUGUCAGGUAAGAAAACCAUAAUUGUUACACUGUAAAAGAAAACUGCCUUUAAGUUUUAUCAAAUCAGCAUGAGUUAAGCCUGGAAAACUUCUAUCGAUUUUAAGUUUUUUGUUUUAGAAACUGAACAAAUCAAAGCUUAAGAAAACUACGCCAAACUACUUUUCCUUUUAGAGUAAGCCUUCAACGUCUUGGCUUCUGUCCGAAAAAACUUUAUCCAAUGACGAGCGCCUGAAAUGACAAAAGCGAUCUAUUAACUUGCACGGUAUUCAUACAUUCAUUUAUAGUAAUUGGUCGUGGAGUUGUGGUUCAUGCAGAAAACGCUGGGGGUGCUCGCUUAGCCUGUGCUUCUAUUACACCAGUUUCUUCGUUGUACGUAGAGAAAACACUGAAAUAUGUCAAGGGAGCUACAUUUUCCAGGUAAGGCAAAAGUAUGAUCUUGGAUUAAAUACCAAAUACUUGGUUAAAUGGUAAAUUGAAAGUUUCUUUUUUUUUUCUUUCCAUGCAUUUCGUUGAACAACACAGACUUAGUCUCAUUCAACAAGACCAAAGUUAACUGAAAAGUUUAUAUUUUCUUUUUUCAUAGAGUGAACUUUACAAAGAAAAUUAGCGCGGCACUUAAAAUCCCAUCAUGGCGGUUGUUUUAUAUUCGAACAGAAGACAGUGAAGUUCAAGACUGUGUCACUGUCAAAUUUGGGAUCAUUGGAAACGGUAAGUUUUCUUGUAAGGCUUUCAAUGAAUAGACUUUUCAAUCAGCUUCCGAGUUUUCCUCAGAGUCUGUUCGUUCUUCUAACUUGUUAUGUAAUACCGCAUACACCUUCCAUGUUGCGUUUUCUACCAACUCAAUCGCGAGUGGUCCUUACUUUUAGGUGAAGUUGUCAACAGUUUGAGAAAAUUUUUCUUGCGACCUUGGAGAGCUGAUUGCUCGUGAUAUAAUGCAGAAGCCCUCAUGGCGCAAAGUUAUAAAUAUCGUUGAGGGGGUGAUGAGUUCCAUAUUUGAAAUAAUUAAUAAUACUCUCUUCUUCGUUCACCAUAGAGAGACAAGUCAGUGAACCCUCACAAACCUUUGACUACAUUAUGGAACGUCAGCCAGCAAAAUUGGGAGAAUUUCAGCCGAAAAAGAGUUGCCAUGUCCCUACAAGUACUCCUACAGGUAAGUAA